AUGAAGGCCGUGGUUCUCCUGGCUCUGCUCGGAGCUGCAUUCGCUGCAGCUGAGGAUGAGAAGGUUGUCGGAGGUUACGAGUGUCCCAGACACUCUGUUCCCUACCAGGUGUCUCUGAACGCCGGAUACCACUUCUGCGGUGGGUCCCUCAUCUCCAGCCAGUGGGUGGUGUCUGCUGCUCACUGCCACAAGUCCCGUGUCCAGGUCCGUCUCGGUGAGCACAACAUCGCCGUGAACGAGGGCACCGAGCAGUGGAUCGACUCGGCCAAGCUGAUCAAGCACCCCCAGUACAACAGCUACAACCUGGACAACGACAUCAUGCUGAUCAAGCUGAGUCGGCCCGCCACCCUCAACAGCUACGUCCAGACCGUGGCCCUGCCCUCCCGCUGCCCCCUGCCCGACGAGAACUGCAUGGUGUCCGGAUGGGGCAACACGUCCGCCAAUGGCAACAACUUCCCCGACAGGCUUCAGUGCCUGAGGCAGCCCAUCAUCGAUGACAGGAUCUGCAGGAACGCCUACCCCCACAUCUUCACCGACAACAUGGUCUGCUCCGGAUUCAUGCAUGGAGGAGCCAGCAGCUGCCAGGGAGACUCUGGCGGUCCUCUGGUGUGCAGCGGCCAGCUGCAGGGAGUCGUGUCCUGGGGUUAUGACUGCGCCAUGCAGGGACACCCCAGCGUCUACGCCCGCGUGUGCCGCUACAACAGCUGGAUCAGCAGCACCAUGAGCAACAACUAAACGCCCGCAGUCCUCG